GAUGCACCCAACGGCCCGCUGAGUCGCACCGGCGCGCAUGCUUUCGUACUUAAGGUCAAGGGACGAACAGCGCAGGCGCGCCUGCUUCUGCCGUGCUGCUCUUCUUGCUGCUCUGCUUAGCUGCCCGCGAUGGAUAGCUUCAAGGAUGGCGUAUUCCAGAACAUCAGGGUCUACUGGCUUGCGUUUAUUGUGUACUGGGGUAUAGUUCUAUUCGGAUACGAUACCGGUAUUGGAGGCGGCGUUGUCGCACAAGGCUACUUCAAGUCGCAUUUCGGCAUCACGCUUCCAGACGGCAGCACCGACACGAAGAAGGCGAAUGACAUCAGCUCGAACGUCGUCUCCGUCCUCCAGGCGGGCGCGUUCUUCGGCGCGCUGGGCAGUGCACCACUCUCAGCCGCCAUCGGCAGGAAAUGGUCCCUGCUCAUCUUCUCUGUCAUCUUCUCCGUCGGCGCGAUUUUGCAGACGGUCGCUGGAGGCUCGCGCGGACUGGGUUACAUCUAUGCGGGACGUGUCGUCGCUGGCCUGGGCAUCGGCGCCAUCUCCGCCGUCGCGCCCGCGUUCGUGUCGGAAUGCUCGCCUAAGGAAGUGCGCGGCCGUAUCACGGGGCUCUUCCAGAUCAUGGUCGCCGUCGGCGUCAUGCUCUCGUACUUCAUCAACCUCGGCAUUAGUCUGCACAUCAAGACGGGCUUCGCGGUGUGGCGGAUCCCGUUCGGAUUCCAACUCGUGCCCGCGGGACUGAUGGCGUUCGGACUGCUGACCGUGAAGGAGUCCCCGCGAUGGCUCGCGUCGAAAGGGCGCGUUUCCGAGGCACUCGAGAACCUGGCGUACCUGCGGCGACGGCGCGUGGACGACCCUGCCGUGCGCGCGGAGAUGGCUGAGAUCGAGGCCGCGAUCGAGGAGGAGCGCGUAGCGAGGGCGGGGCUUGGGGCGCGCGAGGCGUUCCUCGGCAAGGGCAACUUCAUACGGUUUGUCAUUGCGGUCGUCAUCUUCCUCCUCCAGCAAUGGAGCGGGCAGAACUCGGUCGGAUACUACGCGCCGCAGAUCUUCAGCUCGAUUGGGUACACAGGCACAUCGAACUCGCUGCUCGCGUCCGGGAUCUACGGUAUCGUAAAGGUGGUGGCGACGGCGAUCUUCGUGUUCUUCCUCGUCGAUUCGCUCGGACGCAAGCUCUCGCUGCUCAUCUCGGCGCUCGGAAUGGGCACCCUAUUCUUCAUCAUCGGCGCGCUGCUCAAGACGUUCCCGCCGCCGACGGACCCUGCAGCGGGCGCGAACCCGCCCCCGGCGAGCAAGGCGAUGGCCGCGAUGCUCUACAUCUACGUGCUGAUGUACAGCCUCGGUUGGGGACCUCUCCCGUGGGUGUACGUGUCGGACAUCUUCCCGACGCGAACGCGGCACUACGGGCUUGCUGUCGCAAGUGCCUCGCAAUGGCUGUUCAAUUUCGUCGUGGCCAAGGUGACCCCAACGCUCGAGACCGACCUCGGGUACAAGCUCUUCCUCAUGUUCGGGACGAUCAACAUCGGCGGGAUGGCCGUCUUCUCCCUGCUGAUUCCGGAGACGAAGGGACGCAGCUUGGAAGAAAUGGACAUCAUCUUCGGGUCAGUCCAGGCCGAGAAGCGCAGAGCCGACAUCGACGCGCACGAACGAGCUUUCGGACACUACAUGAGUCGGGAGGCGGACUCCUCGACGCAAGAUGGACGGUCAGUCGACCAGAAAGCCUGAAUUGCAUGUCCGUAUGUUACGAUAUGGCUGACGACUUCGAUGUAUCGCUGAACGUGAGGCUACUUUACGAGGCUACCACCUGGUAUGCGCUGUAUGAUAAGGGAGUGUAAUGGAGAGGCUACUUACUCU